AUGGCGCUGCAGAUGGGUGUACUUGUGGCUCAAAGCUCUUCUGCUCCUUCUCUGCUCUUCCGUCAAACCCUGAACUGUCCUGCUUAUGCUGGAGUUCCAGGCACUCCUGGACACAACGGUCUGCCUGGCAGAGAUGGGAGAGACGGAAGAGAUGGAGCCACUGGACCCAAAGGAGAGAAGGGAGAGCCAGGAGUGAGUGUGCAGGGACCUCCUGGUAAAGCAGGACCACCUGGACCAGAUGGAGCCCAGGGUGAAAGGGGUCCAGCAGGUUCUUCUGGAAGUGAAAGUGUUAUUGAGAUCCUGAAAUCUGAGAUCCAGAAUCUUAAAGCCAAGAUUGACACAAUUGAGAAAGCUGCGAGUUUCAGCAACUUCAGGAAAGUUGGACAGAAAUAUUACAUCACUGAUCAUAUUUUUGGAACAUUCGAUAAUGGCAUAAAACUCUGCGAGAGCUCUGGUGGAACCUUGGUUGUGCCAAAAAGUUUUGCAGAAAAUCAAGCUUUAGUCAGGGUGGCAGCAUCCAGUGGUUUAAUUAAUGAGAAGCCAUAUAUUGGAGUCACAGACAAAGAAACAGAAGGACAGUUUGUAGACAUUGAGGGGAAGCAACUAACUUUUACCAAAUGGGGUUCUGGGCAGCCUGGUGAUUAUCAGGGAGCACAAGACUGUGGUGUAAUAGAUGUUUCUGGCACUUGGGAUGAUGAAAAUUGUGGUGAUAAACGUCCUAUUAUAUGUGAAACAGACAUCAAGUAGAAACUGUACCUUAUUUGCACCAAAUGAGAAUGCAGAAAUUCAGUAUCAAGGUUAUUUUAAACAACCUAAAGAUACUAUGCUUUAAAAAUUAGUUUAGAUUUGA